UCUCUAACCCGAUUCUCCUAAUUGAGUUGAAACCCGGGAGACGUCAAGAUGCUGGCUCACCACUCUUCUCUCAUGGACCCCGACACCAAGCUCAUUGGCAACAUGGCGCUGCUGCCCAUCAGAAGUCAGUUCAAAGGACCCACCCCGAGAGAGACAAAAGACACAGAUAUUGUGGAUGAAGCCCUCUAUUACUUCAAGGCCAAUGUCUUCUUCAAAAACUAUGAAAUUAAGAAUGAAGCUGAUAGAACCUUGAUAUAUAUCACUCUCUACAUUUCUGAGUGUCUAAAGAAACCCCAAAAGUGCAAUUCCAAAAGCCAAGGUGAGAAAGAGAUGUAUACACUGGGAAUCACUAACUUUCCCAUUCCCAGAGAGCCUGGUUUUCCCCUUAACGCAAUUUAUGCCAAACCUGCAAACAAACAGGAAGACGAAGUGAUGAGGGCCUAUUUGCAGCAGCUAAGGCAAGAGACUGGACUGAGACUUUGCGAGAAAGUUUUUGAUCCUCAGAAUGAUAAGCCCAGCAAGUGGUGGACUUGCUUUGUGAAGAGACAGUUCAUGAACAAGAGUCUUUCAGGACCUGGACAGUAAAGAGAGCUGGGCAGACCCUGUUUCCACAACCGUGGGCAGCACUUUACAGCAAAACGUACACAGUUCUUUGCCUUUAUUUCAUAAAGUUUUAUACAGAAGAGAGAAGAGAACAUGUCUUUACAUGAAAGGUUCAUUAUCAAGAAUUUGGGGAUGGAG